UGUAAUGGUGUGUCAUGGAUUUCCCUAUGGACUCAUGGCAGAGAGAGAGAGAGAGAGAGAGAGAGAGGUUUUCUCAAGAGGAUCCAUUAGUGACUCCAAUAAUUUAUAAAUAUCUCAUUAAUCCAACUAGCUAAUCCACUAGCCCAUUCUUCAAUUGCUUUGUUAACUGGGUAUUUGAUAUAAAACCUCAUCAGCCAUCACACCACAAAGGGAAGAAAGUAAUAUGGCUUCCACAAUGAAAGAAGAAGAAAGUGAGUUGUUGGCCAUGCAAAUGGUGAGUGCUUCUGUUACUCCCAUGGUAUUGAAAGCAGCUAUGGAUCUUCAUGUCUUUGACAUAAUAGCCGAAGCUGGUCCCGGUGCAUGCCUCUCCCCUCUAGAAAUCGCAUCUCGGCUCCCCACUCAGAACCCAGAUGCGCCCUGUCUCCUCGAUCGUAUGCUGCGUCUUCUGGUUUCCCACUCUCUCCUCACUUGCACUGUGAUCAGCCAUGAUCACAGGAUCUAUGGCUUGGCACCUGCUUCUAAACUGUUUAUUAAGGAUAAGGAUGGAGGGUCCUUGGCUCCCAUGUUUCAUAUUGUCCAGGAUCAGGCUAUCAUCAAGAGCUGGUACCACCUGAAGGAAUCAAUUCUAGAAGGAGGUGAGCGUCCAUUCUAUAAGGCACAUGGAGAGAGCGCACAUGACUACGUUUUGAAGGACCCUAAAUUGAAGGAGGUUUUAGGAAGCCUACUGUUAGAAUACAAUAUCCCCUUCAUGAAGAAGUUUCUUGAUACAUAUAAAGGGUUUGAAGGCUUGCAAGUUCUGGUUGAUGUAGGCGGAGGGGUUGGACUAGUCCUCAGCAUGAUCAUCUCCAAAUAUCCAUCCAUUAAGGGCAUCAACCUCGAUCUUCCUCAUGUCAUAGAAAGAGCUCCAACUUAUUCAGGCGUGGAACAUGUUCGAGGAGAUUUGUUUGCAAGUAUUCCAAAAGGAGAUGCAAUUUUCAUGAAGAGUAUAAUGCACCAUUACAGUGAUGAACAAUGCGUGAAGCUAUUGAAAAAUUGUUACGAAGCAUUACCAGAUUUUGGAAAGGUGAUUGUUGUGGAUUUGGUUGUCCCAACCUCUCCCAAGACAAAUGCUACUACUAAGAGCAUCUUGCAAAUGGAUAUGUUCAUUUCUACUAUGCUGAACCCUAUCGGAAGGGAGAGGACAGAAGAGGAAUAUACUACUUUGGCAAGAGAAGCUGGAUUUGACCGUAUUAGUGUAGAGUAUUGUGCUUACACCUUUUCAGUCAUGGAAUUCUAUAAAUGUAACAAUUAAUACUUAUUUAUUCUUACUAUAAUAAAAUACACUGUGUAUGUGCACAAAUUUACUCA